AUGUUGCUGCUGUUGCCAGUCACCUUCUUCCUCCUUCACUCCUGUUUCCCCGGAAGAGGAAGCAGUCACCUCCUCCAGGAAGGCCUACCCUGGCUAAAGACCGAGUUUGCACUCCGCCUCUACCGCAGUAUGGCAGCAGGGAAAAAUGGGACAAAUUUUGUCAUCUCACCCGCUGGUGUAUCCCUCCCGCUAGAGAUCCUACAGUUUGGAGCUCAGGGAAACACUAACCAGCAGCUGGCAGAUGCCUUGGGAUACACAGUGCGUGACCCAAGAGUGAGGGAUUUCUUACGUACUGUUUAUACUGCACUACUCAACUCCAGCCAAGGCAUCAAGACAGAGCUGACAUGCACCCUUUUUGUACAAGUGGGAACACCUCUGUCGCCCUGCUUUGUGGAGCACGUAUCCUUGUGGGCCAACAGCAGUGUGCAGCCAGCUGACCUCAGUGAAUCCAAUGGCACCACAAUCGAGACCAACAAAGAGGAAUCUGGACGACCCGCGGGGAGGGGCCCAGGAAGCCCAACAUGGGAGCAGGCCGGUGCUGCAUCUGUCCAGCUCGCCCUUGUGAGCACCAUGACCUUCCAAAGCUCUUGGCAGAGGACAUUCUCCUCCAUGGACUCCCAACCUCUGCCUUUCACCUGUGCCAGUGGCCUUAUCCUUCAGGUCCCCAUGAUGCACCAGAUGGCUGAGGUGAACUACGGCCACUUCCAGGAUGCCAUAGGCCAUCAGGUGUCACUGCUGGAGCUGCCAUACCUGGGAAGUGCAGCAAGUCUCUUCCUGGUGCUGCCCCGGGACAGAGACACACCCCUGGGCCACAUUGAGCCACAGCUUACAGCCAGAGUCCUUCACCUCUGGACCAGCAGGCUGAGGAGAGCCAGGAUGGAUGUGUUCCUCCCCAGAUUUAGGAUCCAAAAUCAAUUCAACCUAAAAAGCAUUUUAAGAUCUUGGGGAGUCACUGAUCUUUUUGAUCCACUCAAAGCUAACUUGAAAGGAAUUUCAGGCCUAGACGGCUUUUACGUUUCUGAAGCAAUCCACAAGGCCAAGAUAGAGGUUUCAGAAGAAGGAACUAAGGCAUCUGCAGCCACAGCUCUGUUGUUACUGAAAAGGUCUCGGAUUCCUGUUUUUAAAGCAAACCGGCCAUUUCUCUUUUUCCUGAGAGAACCCAGCACAGGGUUUGUCUUCAGUAUUGGGAGAGUUUCAAAUCCCCUUGACUAAAUUAGCAGAUUUCAAGAAUGUCUUCCACUUUCAUAAAUGCUUUUCUUCAUAAAAAAAUUAGUUUCAUCUUGCUAUACCCUUAGAAUUUAAAAAAUGUUUUAAUAAAGUGUAAAAAGGGUAUUUAAAUUUCAAGUAUUAUCAAACUAAAAAUAUUUCAAUUUUUAAAAUAAUUUUAUAAGUUUAUUUUACUGUCUCUUAACCCAAAUCUAUUGUAUAAAUGUUAACCUUUCAUACUGGUUACCCCUCAAGCCACUAAAAGGCACAGCAGUGAUCUAUGAAUAGAGAGUAAGUCAGGUAACAGGAUCAUAAAGUCACAUUGGAUUGCACGGUGGAAACCGGUGUUAGUUUUCCUCAUUCUGUGUAACUCAGGAAAUGUAAAAUGAACAAAGCUGUUUUAAAUCCAGCUCCCUUCUAUCAAGCUUCUCAAUAAAGCUGGGAGUUUAAGUGACAGAACUACAGAGCAAAAUGAAGAGAUCCCCUUGGAACCCUUAAUGCGUGGUAGGCUUUUCUAAACCCGGUAUGGUGCCGAACUGUUAACAAGGCUAGUAGAUACCUCAGUGUAUGUAGUGUACCCCAAGCUUAACACUUAAGUAAUAACCUCAACUUAGUGCCACCAACAAUCUUCGAGAAUAGAAAAGAUGUUGGAGGUAUAAAAAUCAUAGUAUCCAAAAUCAUCCUGUUAGUAUCUGCCUAUCUGUGGCAGGCAUAGCCAUUCCAAUUAUUCAGGCAGAAACGGGAAUAUGUUUGCAAGGCCAACAAAAAUUGUGAACAUAGAGUAAAAAGACAAUGCAGAUUAUGUAACAUGUAAUUACAGUUAGGUUUAACAAACAUGAACUUCAAGUGAUGUAUUU